ACUUCCGGGAGGCCAGUCUGUAAGUGUCUGUGAUGUGUGCAUCCGGCGGCUUCCAGGCUGGGACCACCCGGCUGAAGUAGAGGGUACGGAACGGGAGGCUGGCAGCCCAUCAGUCACUGGGCCCGGCAAUCUUCAACCAUGGACCGGGACCUUCUGCGGCAGUCACUGAAUUUCCACGGGCCGUCAUUGCUCUCCCUGCUUCGCAGCGAACAGCAGGACAAUUCGCACUUCCGGAGUCUCCUGGGGUCGGUGGCCGAACCUGCCCGGGGCCCGCCGUCCCAGCAGCAGUUACAGGGCAGAAAAGAGAAGAGAGUUGACAACAUUGAAAUACAAAAAUUCAUUUCCAAAAAAGCGGAUCUGCUUUUUGCACUUUCCUGGAAAUCAGAUGUACCUACAGCUUCUGAAGUUAAUGAAGACAGUGAAGAUCAUUAUGCAGUCAUGCCACCUUUAGAGCAAUUCAUGGAGAUACCCAGUAUGGACCGGAGAGAGCUAUUUUUCCGAGAUAUUGAGCGUGGUGAUAUAGUGAUUGGAAGAAUUAGUUCCAUUCGGGAAUUUGGGUUUUUCAUGGUGUUGAUUUGUUUAGGCAGUGGCAUCAUGAGAGAUAUAUCGCACUUAGAAAUCACAGCUCUGUGUCCAUUAAGAGAUGUACCUUCUCUCAGUAACCACGGCGAUCCUUUAUCAUAUUAUCAAACUGGUGACAUCAUUCGAGCUGGAAUCAAGGAUAUUGACAGAUAUCAUGAAAAGCUUGCAGUAUCUCUGUAUAGCUCAUCUCUUCCACCAUACCUAUCUGGUAUUAAAUUAGGUGUAAUUAGUUCUGAAGAACUUCCUUUGUACUACAGGAGAAGCGUUGAACUAAAUAGCAAUUCUUUGGAAUCCUAUGAGAAUAUCAUGCAGAGUUCCCUGGGAUUUGUUAAUCCAGGAGUAGUUGAAUUCCUUCUAGGAAAACUAGGAAUCGAUGAAUCCAACCCACCGUCUUUAAUGAGAGGCCUCCAGAGCAAAAAUUUCUCUGAAGACGAUUUUGCUUCUGCAUUAAGAAAGAAACAGUCAGCAUCUUGGGCUUUAAAAUGUGUGAAGAUUGGAGUUGAUUAUUUUAAGGUUGGACGCCAUGUGGAUGCUAUGAAUGAAUACAAUAAGGCUCUGGAAAUAGACAAACAAAAUGUGGAAGCAUUAGUAGCUCGUGGAGCAUUAUAUGCAACAAAAGGAAGUCUGAACAAAGCAAUAGAAGAUUUUGAGCUUGCAUUGGAAAACUGUCCAACUCACAGGAAUGCAAGAAAAUACCUCUGCCAGACACUUGUAGAAAGAGGAGGGCAGUUAGAAGAAGAAGAAAAGUUUUUAAAUGCUGAAAGUUACUAUAAGAAAGCUUUGGCUUUGGAUGAAACUUUUAAAGAUGCAGAGGAUGCUUUGCAGAAGCUUCAUAAAUAUAUGCAGAAAUCUUUGGAAUUAAGAGAAAAACAAGCUGAAAAGGAAGAAAAGCAGAAAACAAAGAAAAUAGAAACAAGUGCAGAAAAGUUGCGUAAGCUCUUAAAAGAGGAGAAAAGGCUAAAGAAAAAAAGAAGAAAAUCAACUUCUUCCUCAUCAAGUGUUUCUUCUGCUGAUGAAUCAGUUUCUUCUUCAUCAUCCUCUUCCUCUUCUGGUCACAAAAGGCAUAAGAAACAUAAGAGGAACCGCUCAGAGUCUUCUCGAAGUUCCAAAAGGCAUUCAGCUAAGUCAUCCUCAAAUCAGGUAGAUCAGAAUAAGAAAGAUGAGUGCUUCCCCGUUCCAGCCAAUACUUCAGCAUCUUUUCUUAACCAAAAACAAGAAGUGGAAAAACUACUGGAAAAGCAGGAUAGGUUACCAUAUCAAAAGAAACAGGUAAAAGAGAAAGAUAGAUGCCCUCUCUCUUCAUCUUCAGUUGAAAUUCCGGAUGAUUUUGGAGGUAGGUCUGAAGAUCCAAGAGAUUUCUAUAAUAGCUCUAAAACUCAGGCAGGUAGUAGCAAAACAGAAAAGCCAUAUAAAUCCGAAAGACAUUUUUCUAGUAGAAGAGAUUCCUCAGAGUCCUAUAGGAAUUCAGAGGACAAGAUGAAAAUUUAUGGUUACAGAAGAUUUGAAAAAGAGAUAGAAGGAAGAAAAGAGCACUAUAGAAGGUGGGAGCCUGGUUCCAUGAGAUGUUCCACUUCACCAGCAAGCUCGGACUACUCUUGGAAGUCAGUUGAAAAAUAUAAAAAAUACACUUACACUGGAUCACGUGACUUCAGUAGACAUGAGCAAAGAUACCAACUAAAUAAAAAUCAAGGAGAAUAUGAAAGAGAAGGUAAUUCUGAGGAGGAUAAAACAGAGGUUCCAGAAGAGGGACUAAAUAGCAAACAGCAUUCAGAAAGUGGAGUUAAAAAAAAUUUACCUCAAAAUUUACUCAAUAUAUUUAAUCAGAUAGCUGCAUUUGAGAAAGAAAAAGGAAAUAAGCCAAAAAAUUAAUAUGCUAAGGGGAUCAGCACCAUUACACUAAAGGCUUUUAAUGAAAGUUUUGAGUCUUGUAGUUAUAACAGUCUGGUGCAGAAGUCUCUGCUCCUAAGGUUAUUUUAUUUGUAGAGAUUGCAGAAAUCAGAUGCCUUUUAUAGCUAUUCUCAAAGUAUAUUUGUUUCAGUUGUAGGUCCCCUUUUAACAGCUUGAUUUUUUAGGCUUUUCAUGAGUAUGUUUAUGUACAGUAUUUCUUACUCAGAUGAUUUAAACUUCUUCACCUAAAGAUAACUCUCAAAGUAGUGUUUCUUCAUUAUGUAUGAGAAUUUUGGGGGUCCACCUUAUCCUGCUGUUUGAGAGAAAAUUAAAUUUGUGCAUUCAACACUUGGAUCAUUUUUAUCAAUAUUACUUCAUUCUCCUGUCAAAUUAAAAUCCCUUGGCUUUUAAAAGAUACAUUUGAAUAUUUCUUAAGUACCAUUUUAUAGUCUUUUGUUUAAAUAUUAAGUUUUUUGCAUAACUUUAAAACAGUAGACAGGUUGUCUGUCUUGUCUAAUUGACCUCUAAAGCCUCAUUUAAUUCAAAUGGUUUGUGUACCGACUGUUUAACAAGUUUCUUAGGAAUAAAGCCAUGAAAGUUGAA